CGGGGAGCGGGCGGCGGGGACCCGGCAUGGCGCUGCGGCGGGGCGGCGGCGGCGGCGGCGGGGCGCUGGGGCGGCUGCUGCUGUUGCUCAGCGCCGCGUGCCUGAUCCCGCCGGGCGCGCAGGUGAGGCGGCUGGCGCGCUGCCCCGCCACUUGCAGCUGUACCAAGGAGUCCAUCAUCUGCGUGGGCUCCUCCUGGGUGCCCAGGAUCGUGCCCGGCGACAUCAGCUCCCUGAGCCUGGUAAAUGGAACAUUUUCGGAAAUCAAGGACCGAAUGUUUUCCCAUCUGCCUUCCCUGCAGCUGCUAUUGCUGAAUUCUAACUCAUUUACCAUCAUCCGGGAUGAUGCUUUUGCUGGACUUUUCCAUCUUGAAUACCUGUUCAUUGAAGGGAACAAAAUAGAAACCAUUUCAAGAAAUGCAUUUCGUGGUCUCCGUGACCUGACUCACCUUUCUUUGGCCAAUAACCACAUAAAAGCACUCCCAAGGGAUGUCUUCAGUGAUUUAGACUCUCUGAUUGAACUCGAUUUAAGGGGCAAUAAAUUCGAAUGUGACUGCAAAGCCAAGUGGUUGUAUUUGUGGCUGAAGAUGACCAAUUCCACUGUCUCCGAUGUCCUCUGUAUCGGUCCACCAGAAUACCAGGAAAAGAAGCUAAAUGAUGUACCCAGCUUCGACUACGAGUGUACCACUACAGAUUUUGUUGUUCAUCAGACUUUGCCCUACCAGUCGGUUUCGGUGGAUACAUUCAACUCCAAGAAUGACGUGUACGUGGCCAUCGCUCAGCCGAGCAUGGAGAACUGCAUGGUGCUGGAGUGGGACCACAUCGAAAUGAAUUUCCGGAGCUAUGACAACAUUACAGGUCAGUCCAUUGUGGGCUGUAAGGCCAUCCUCAUCGACGACCAGGUUUUCGUGGUGGUGGCCCAGCUCUUCGGCGGCUCUCACAUCUACAAAUACGAUGAGAGCUGGACCAAGUUUGUCAAAUUCCAGGACAUCGAAGUCUCUCGCAUCUCAAAGCCCAACGAUAUCGAGCUGUUUCAGAUCGAGGAUGAGACGUUCUUCAUCAUCGCAGACAGCUCUAAAGCUGGUCUGUCCACGGUGUAUAAAUGGAACAGCAAAGGGUUCUACUCCUACCAAUCUCUGCAUGAGUGGUUCAGGGACACGGAUGCAGAAUUUGUUGACAUAGACGGGAAGUCGCAUCUGAUUCUGUCCAGCCGCUCCCAGGUCCCCAUUAUCCUCCAGUGGAAUAAAAGCUCUAAGAAGUUUGUCCCCCACAGUGAUAUCCCCAACAUGGAGGAUGUACUGGCCGUGAAGAGCUUUAGGAUGCAGAAUGCCCUCUACCUUUCCCUCACCCGCUUCAUCGGGGACUCCAGGGUCAUGAGGUGGAAUAGUAAGCAGUUUGUGGAGAUCCAGGCUCUUCCAUCCCGGGGGGCCAUGACCCUGCAGCCCUUUUCUUUUAAAGAUAAUCACUACCUGGCCCUGGGGAGUGACUAUACAUUCUCCCAGAUCUACCAGUGGGAUAAAGAAAAGCAGCUAUUCAAAAAAUUCAAGGAGAUUUAUGUGCAGGCACCUCGUUCCUUCACAGCUGUCUCCACUGACAGGAGAGAUUUCUUUUUUGCAUCCAGUUUCAAAGGGAAAACAAAGAUUUUUGAACAUAUAGUCGUUGACUUAAGUUUGUGAAGGGGUGACUGGUGAAUUUAGAGACACAUAGCACUAGCUUUCACAAGAGAGGCCUGAGAAGCAAACAGAAGGCCAAGUUCAGAGCUCCGCAAUUAAAAACGCACUGGGGAAAUAGAAGUUUUCAACAUUUUAGAACUCGCAUUUCAAUCAGGGAUUGCAUUUAUUGGCUAACUGCAUGACAUGUCCAUUCUCCCAUUUCAAAAGACAUCUUAAAGCCUGUUAUCUCUGAGAAAAGAGUAGAGUAUUAACUCUUACCAUCUAGGGAAGUAAUGUGCUUUUUUCUUUUUCUUUUCUUUUCUUUUUUUUUUUUAAUGAGGAAGGAGGAAAUCGGAUAAGAUGGGACAGUUCUUAUGAUGAAAUUAAAAAAAAAAAAAAAAAGACCAAACUAUGGGCCCUUCUCAUUCCAUUUUAGCAAUCUUAUUGGGUAAGAAUGCUUAAAGCCAAAGUCAGCUGAAAAAAUUUGCUGAUGAUUCAUUUAAAAAUCUGAUAACACUCAGCAAUGCUAUUUUGAGUCAUUUCAGUUUCCUGAAUGCCCCUUCAUAGCAGAACGUUGGCUGUUUCAUUGGCUCGGGUGGAUGCUCGUGAUGGGGGGUGUUCACAAAAUAACGUUGGGCAUUGCUUCCUUUGCCACAAAGAAAAUACUCUGCUGACACACUUCCAGGCCCAGCACGGGCCAUAGGCCCAUGAGUGAGACAAAGGCGGUUUCCCCUCUUCCUUGUGGUUCAGAGCCGACCUUGUGGCGCCUGGAGCAAUAUUGCUUUUAGAUGCCCUCCAUGACUCGGCUGCUUCCCUGAACCCAUUCUUUGAGUUUGUGGGUAACCAGCAGACAGGCCAAAGACUGAACGGUGCUUUUCAUCCAUCCUUUAAAGCAAUAGAACAGGGCUUUCCAGCUGAUGAGCGUUCGGUAGAAUUUCUGAAGCAAGAUUUUGUGGGAUCAAAGAGGACUUUACACAAGUCUCGCUAUACUUUGAAACCUAGAGGUGGCCCUUUGAUUUGUGCAUGUCUGUGCCCUCUGGGCAGCUUCCUGUUUCGAGUCAUUGAGUACCAGCCUACCUUCCUGCCUCCCUGCCUUCCUCCCUACUCCUUCGUCGGUCCUGCUUUGUUGAUGGGCUGUUGCCCCCGCUGCCAACGCGGACAGGCUGGGGCACCACAUUGCAGAACCCAGGGUGCUCCUGACGCUGGUGCCCCUUCCUUUCCCGGUAGUUUAGCCGAGGAGAACCCCCUGGGGCUCACACCCUGACAUGGGACCACGUACUGGCAGGGGGCUCAUCCUGAAUAGGCUGGGGCGG